AGCGGAGUUGGCUUCCGCGAAUUCCCCCGGCUCCCCAGUCGGAAAGUUUGGAGCGAAAGGGGCGCAAAGAAAGCUGCUUCCCGCAGAGGAGUGCGAUGGGGCAGUUUCAGUGGCGGCUUUGGCUGAUGGGAGCAGCUACUUUCCUGCUGGGAAACGCUUCUGGCAAUGCCUCCUCUUCACAUUAUCUGCUCUACUUCCGCCAUGCUGUGCUCCUUGAGGGGCAGCCCCAAUUUACUGAGGUGACCUACUUGGACGGCCAGCCUAUCCAACAUUAUGACAGCAAUACAAGAAGAAUGCAGCCUUUCCCCCUGUGGAGGAACGAACUGGUUGAUAACUAUUACAAGUCUUUUGAAUCAACUGUUAUGAGGAAUUUUGAGAGAUAUUUCCUAAGAAAAUUGCAAGAAUUAUCAGUUCCACAGAAACACAACCAAAGCAAUGAUCACACCUUGCAAUGCAUUGAGGGCUGUAAACUCACAGCUGAUGAAGACGAAAUACUAAUUCAUCAGGAAGCUUUUGAUGGAAAAGAGAUGACGGGAGAGGCAUUUCACCCAGAAAGACGUUACUUUGAUGGAAGUUGCAUUCGAUGGUUGAAUAGGUACCUGCACAUGAAGCCAGAAAAGAAAGUGCUUCCAAUAGUGAAAGUGACUCAUCAGGAGGUCAACAUCAACAACCUUCAAGCCCUCACCUGCCAGGCCUAUGGCUUCUAUCCCAAGGAGAUCAGUGCCAGUUGGAGGAAGGAUGGGGAAAUCUUCAACCAAACCAACAGUUCUCUGCACAUUGCCCCAAAUUCAGAUGGGACUUUUAAUGCGAGGCUGAGUAUUCAGAUCAAUCCCAAAGAGAGGAAGCUCUACAGAUGCCAUGUGGAACAUGUCAGCUCCAGUGAGCCCCUGGAUUUUGUCUUGCAGAAAAUAGGGCCCUCAGUUGAAGUAACUACUCACGUGCAGGAUGUUAAUGAGACUCUCUUGAACUGCUCUAUCUGCAACUUUUAUCCUAAAGAAAUAGAUGCCACCUGGUAUAGGGAUGAAGAGAAUUGGGAUCAAGGGACUUUUCAUGGGGAUACCAUCCGUAAUUGGGACGGGACUUACUGCACCUGGAUCAGCACUGAAAUUAACCCCUUGGAGGGAUACCGCUACCAUUGCUAUAUUGAACAUGACAGCAUGUCAGACGUAUUCACUAUAGGAGUUCCAACAGUUGUACCACAAACCGAGGAAAAUUUCCAGCCAUUACACAUCCUUUGUGCUGCUGUGUCUGUCCUUGGCAUCCUUUUCCUAGUGUCUAUAGUCAUUGGAAUUUUUUGCUACAAGAAACGUCGACGUGACAACAGAGCAGCAACAAAGAAUAACCCCAAUUCCAGCUUGGAUAAUGCUGAAAAAUGCCCACUGAAAGAGAUAGAAGGAAUUCCACCACUCAACAACACUGCUGGUGAAGAGCGCACGGGAGACAUCCCAACUUCUCAGGACAUCAGAGAGGGAAAAACAACCUCCUGAGAACCACCAAAUAAACAUCUAACUCUCAAAAUGGAUCAAAUUUGAUAUUGUUUGAGAAGCACUCCAAAGGAAGAUUGAGUGCGAAAAUGGACUCAGACAGCCACAAGGUGGCAGAGGGAAAAAAAAGCAUUUCAGAAGAAAUUCCCCUAAGGGACAAACUUUUUGUUUCAGAAUCUGUUAGGCUGGCGGUCCUACUGUGUAAGGCAGAUCCUAAAGUAUCAUGCAUUUAUUUCCAGAUGGAGCUUCAAGGAGUAGAUGAAAGCUACUUAUGGUAAUUUUAAAUCUUCUAACCGAAGAUAGGAUGUUGAAAUUUGAUUUGGUAGCUGAUGCUGGUGAAUUACAAAGCCUAAGAUGGCUAUUUCUCUCAGAAGGCUUUCAACUUAUAGACCAGUUCUCCAGAAAAGGAGGAUGGGAGAUUAUCCAUACGUGCUCCAGACUGCGGUUCCAUACAAAGAAAUCACAGGAUAGCUGUUUUCCAUGGUUUGAAUGCCAGGAGGCAAAGAUGAUUACGGGUAAUCAUCAAGCUCAUGUGCCCCCUCUACAGGCAAAAUCAGGAAGGUGUUUGUUCAGAGCUAAACUUGUCAGUUUUGGCUUACCUAAUUAAAUUGCUUAUUUGGAGUCUCUUUACUUAUGAAUAGAUUGGCCCAGUCUUUUUGAAUGGGUACAAAAUCUCCAUUUGUAAAGAUUUCAGGCUUCUGCUUCAAGCCGUUUUCCUGUAGCAGGAAGACUGGGGCUGCUUUCUGCCCUUUAAGAACAUGUUUUUCCUCUUCUUCUUUAGGAGAAAUAUAAUAUUCUGCCUCUUUUAAUAUCCCCCAAAAUAUUUCCUUCUCGGGGGAAGGGGGGGCUUCCCACACUCAGAAUUGUGGUAAACCUUUUGGAGGAUAUUGAGCGUGCUAACCUCAUUCCUAAUCACUUUCAGAAAUUGCUUAUCUAACCAUCCUAAAGCCACUAGGGAUUUUCAGAAUGACAAGCUUGAAAAAUUGCCUUCCAGUCUAUCUUCAUUUCUGAAGAAAAGAAAAAAA